AAUUGGUUCAAUUUUGGGUCUUUUAGAUGUUUUAUGCUUGUUUUAAAAUGUUUAAUUACUGUUAGGCCCAUUUAAAACAAACAUUACGUUUUCUUUCUUCUUUUUAAUUAGGUGAUUCAUAAAGCGAAUCACAAUGAUUUGUUCUAGACCUGAUGAGUAUUUAUGCAGACCAACAGCGAAUCAUUUUACUUUUAACAAAUUAAUGAGGGAAACAAACUGGUUCCUCUCGAGUUUUAUAAUAACCCGAGGGUUAGUUUUUUAUGAAUCAAGUAAAAAAAAAAAAAGAAAAGAAAACUUGCAAUUUUCGAUAAUCACCAAAAGAGGGCGCUGCUACUAUUGCUUUCAACGCUGAUAUUUAGGUGGACCCCAAAGUGGACCCUUUUCUCUUGUUCCAUUAAAACAUGUUGGGGCCAGAAAUUAUAUAGGUGGGCAGAGGUGUGACUGAGUACAAACAGCAGCAACAACCGAAGAAGAAGAAUUAGAGCAUUUACUGUCUUUUAUUUUUGUUUAGUCUUUGGAAAAGAAGACUCUGUGGCACAUUAGUUUUGUGCGUAAACUGGAUAGACUCUCUCUCCAAAUUCUUUGGAGCCUCUUUCAGACAGAGCGGGAUAUUUGGAGGUGGUGGUCUGGGUGGAGUUUUCUUUGCCUCCGGCGCUCGGAUUACGAUGACCAGGAUCUGGGAGAUCUGGAUCAGCCUGCUGACGGUGUCCGCGCUGAGCACAGGCGCGCUCGCGGGAUACGGGCUGAGCAUGUUCGCGGCGCAGUCCUCCCCUCCGGACCCCUGCUACGAUGAGAACGGGAACCCGCGGAGGUGCAUCCCCGACUUUGUCAACUCCGCGUUCGGGAAGGACGUGCGCGUGUCCAGCACCUGCGGGAACCCGGCCGCCCGCUUCUGCGUGGUCUCCGAGAAGGGAGAGGAGCGCGCGCGGGACUGUCACACCUGCGACUCCAACGACCCCAAAAAGGCGCAUCCGCCCGCGUACCUGACUGACCUCAACAACCCGCACAACCUCACCUGCUGGCAGUCCGAAACCUACGUGCAGUUCCCGCAGAACGUCACGCUCACCCUGUCUUUGGGUAAAAAGUUCGAGGUCACCUAUGUGAGCCUGCAGUUCUGCUCACCCAGACCCGAGUCCAUGGCGAUCUACAAGUCCAUGGACUACGGGAAGUCCUGGGUGCCCUUUCAGUUUUACUCCACUCAGUGCAAGAAGAUGUACAACCGGCAGAACAAGGCGACCAUCACCAAACAGAACGAGCAGGAGGCCAUCUGCACGGACUCGCACACGGACAUGCACCCGCUGACCGGCGGCCUCAUCGCCUUCAGCACUCUGGACGGCCGGCCGUCCGCGCACGACUUCGACAACUCCCCGGUGCUGCAGGACUGGGUGACGGCCACCGACAUCAAGGUGAUCUUCAGUCGGCUUCACACCUUCGGGGACGAGAACGAGGACGACUCGGAGCUGGCGCGCGACUCCUACUUUUACGCAGUGUCGGACCUGCAGGUGGGAGGACGCUGCAAGUGCAACGGGCACGCGUCGAAGUGCGUCAAGGACCGAGAGGGGAAUCUGGUCUGCGAGUGCAAGCACAACACGGCGGGACCCGAGUGCGACAGGUGCAAACCCUUCCACUACGACCGGCCGUGGCAGCGCGCCACGGCCAGGGAGGCCAACGAGUGCGUGGCCUGCCACUGUAACCUGCACGCCCGCCGCUGCCGAUUCAACAUGGAGCUGUACAAGCUGUCGGGCCGCCGGAGCGGCGGGGUCUGCCUCAACUGCCGCCACAACACAGCGGGGCGCCACUGCCACUACUGCAAGGAGGGCUACUUCAGAGACAUGAGCAAACCCAUUUCUCACCGCAGAGCUUGUAAAGCAUGCGACUGCCAUCCAGUCGGAGCGGCGGGGAAGACAUGCAACCAGACCACCGGCCAGUGUCCCUGCAAGGACGGAGUGACAGGGAUCACAUGCAACCGCUGUGCCAAAGGCUACCAGCAGAGCCGCUCCCCCAUCGCCCCCUGCAUCAAGAUCCCGGUUGCUUCUCCAACAUCAACGUACAGCAGCUAUGAGGAGCCAUCAGAUUGUGACUCUUACUGCAAAGCUUCUAAGGGAAAAAUGAAGAUCACCAUGAAGAAGUACUGCAAAAAAGAUUACGCGGUCCAAGUGCACGUCCUAAAGGGAGACAAAGCGGGCGAGUGGUGGAAGUUCACUGUCAACAUCAUUUCCGUCUACAAACAAGGCCGGCACCGCAUCCGACGCGGAGACCAGCUCCUGUGGGUUCGUGCCAAGGAUGUGGCCUGUAGGUGCCCCAAGAUCAAGCCCGGGAGGAAGUACUUGCUCCUGGGCACAGACGACGAGUCCCCCGGACACAGCGGCGUUGUCGCUGACAAAGGAAGCCUGCUCAUUCCCUGGAAGGACCUGUGGGGACGCCGGCUGAGGAAGUUUCAGCAGCGCGACAAGAGGGGGAAGUGCUAGAAGAAGCUUAUAGAAAAUGGUUUUUGUCGUGGUUAUUGUCAAGGUUGAGAAAAAUAAACUGGAAGAAGUAAACUAUAGGGACCCAGGUGAAGAGUAGGAGAAAUCGGGGAAAGACUGAGUGCUGCUGCUCUGAACUGGAGCAAAGAGAUUAGAGUUUUUUAGGAACUUUUGUGAAGAAGCUCUUUUUACCGUUGUGUUACUGCUUUGUCUUUCAAGUUGUCUUUGGUUGUGUAAUUGCAGAGUUUGCACCUAAAGUCACAGAUGUACUUCAUCCUGAUCAUUUUUACCCACGAUGCCGUUGUUUAUCGCCGCAAUGCCUCGUCUGUAUCAGAAUUUUGCAUCGGUUUCAACCGUCCUGUGAGAAGUUUUUACACUGCAAAUGAGGGAAGGUGCUUUUUUUUUGCCAAACUUUAAAUGAUGCAAUUUCUCCUGCGAUUACCUCAUCAACCAGACUGCCAUUAAGAUUCUGUCCUUUCUCCUGAAAAAAAGAUGGCAGCCUUUGAUCUGCUCUCAUCUCAAACGUGUGAUGACCUCUGACCUCUGCAAUGUAAAGUAACCACAUGUGUAAACUCUUUUUUUAGAUGAUGCAUCAGCUAGAUGCAGAGUAGACGUGUCAACCAUGCACUUAUUAUUUUUUUUUACUAGUCUUUGAACAUAUGAGAUAUGUUCACAUCUGUAGAGUGGCAUCCAAAAGAGAAAAUAAAGGGUAAUUUCUUUUUUUUCUUGUUUUGAUGGAAAAUGAUCUUAUAUUUCAUCACGGCAACACAAAACUCUUCUAACAAAGGACUAAAUGUCAGCUGGACCUCCCACAUCUUGGCAGGUGAGAACAGGACUGCCUCAUUCACGUAAUGCCACGACUCAACCCUGGUUCCACCUGCUUGCUUCUAUUUGCUGUAGCUGACUGGCUGAUCGUGAUUGUGAAUAAUGCACAUUUAAUUUGUAUUCCUUGUUGUGGUUAAAUAACCUGUGGAGUGAUAAACAUCACAUGUUGAUUUCUGCAGUGCGUUCAGCACAACGUGUCAAAUGUCACUUUGACUCCUUUCAGAUUGGAUCCUGUUGCUUGGUACUCGACAAAAACAGCAUGACUUACUGUCUAUAUGUUUUAUAGCUGUAUAGUUUUACGCUUGAGUAUUAACCUGAUUUAUGUUCAACUUAACCACCAUUUUGAAUACAAGAAGCAUCACGAGCAGAGAUACGAAUUCCCCGAUCACAAACAUCUACAGCGUCAGGCCACAGAGUCUCAGCUUCCACACUGGUCACAAGGUUUCUGUGAGCAGCACUCCACCCGAACACAGAGAAGGUACUACGUCAGACGGUCAACGCCCACAAGAAUCCCAAGUGUUCUGCUCGUCUUCUUAUAGAAAUGGCUUGUAAAUGUCGCAUUUUAGGAGUGUCCUUGCAAAUGUCAUGUAAUGUCUUGUAAUACUAAUAUAUUAUGUUUAUCACAAAUGAAUAUAUUUAAUGACACAUUAAAUAAUGUGGCUUUUGUGGCGUUUGUUGUUGACUUUCUCUUCUUUUUGGUAAUGAAACUCAUGGUCAUUUAAAAAAAAAAUCUGAUUGAGAUGUGUCAAGUGUAAAAAAGGGAUGGCAGCAUUUCACAGUGUAAGACUAAAGCUUUGGAAACACUUCUAUUUUAAGUAGCUGCAUGAAAACAAAUGAAGAAACUUUUAGAUUUGGAUUUUCAAUUCAAUUUGAUUUAUUUAGCCCAAAAUCACAGAACAAUUGUCUCAUUGGGCUUCAUGCAGGUAAUUUUACAAAAGCAGAAAAUCAGUAAUAUCAUAUAAACCAUACUAGGUUGCUUAACUAGACUAAAUAGACUAAACUAAAGUUGUUAUCUCUGUCCUUAGACCCUCUUUCUCGUUAAGGCAAAAC